AGCCCGGGUACCAUCGGUGCUAAGGAGCAGGCGGGGGCCCUUGGAAGGUGGGACACCUCAAGAGACUUGCCCUGGGCAGUCCGGCACGCUUCCAUUCCUACCUCUCGCGCUAGCAACGCUAGAAGCUCUCGCACGUCGCCCCAGGGCUCCGCCAGCGCGCUAACACGCACCCGACCUGAACUGGAAACAACCAAAGGAACGUUCCGACCUGAGCUUCAACCUUCUUCCUCUCUCAUCGUCACCUCGCCUUGGCCAUUUAUGAACGACAUAGUAAGACAGUAA